AUGAAUAUUGAGGUCUUGUGUCCUGAACAUAACGAAUAGAUCAUUCAACUGGACAUAGAGGAGAAUAUUGAUUUGGGAAGGAGAACAUUAUGCGUGGAAUGUUAGGGCAAAAAGCCUGUUAGUUUAAAAUAGAGUUUUGAGAGACUGAAUGCUUUCUAUUAAGAAUAAUAAAACAACAAGGAGGCUUUGCCUUAUGUUCUUAUCGCGCAACUAGAAACCUUAAGGAAGACGCUGGUCUAAGAGAUUAAUUCAUCCAUAGCAUCAAUUUAAAUUGAAAUCAAUUAAAGAGUUAGUCCUUUGCAAGACAACUUUAGUAUCGUUGGAUUGUCACAGCUCUAAAUUUUAGGAGAACGACUCAGCUCAUUAACGAGUUUUUAGGAGAGGUUCUUACAAAAGUUGAUCCUAAACUUAAAACCCUAGUUAUACGAAAUUUUAGAUAAGUUUUUUAAUCAGAACCCCUAGAAGGGAUUAUUGGAGAAAUAGCUGUCACUAACCAAAGGGAAUUCGACUCAAGAGGACGGAAAUACUAUGGAUACAUACUACAAGAAGAUAAGUGAGGUCAAUAUCGAGGAUCCCUGCUAAGCCAUCGCCUUUAAUCAAAGUGGAAACAUUAUGAUAUCAACUUCCAAGAAUGACAUAUUCGUUUGGGAAUUCUAGAAGGGAGUACUGAAUCAACAAAGGGUUCUUAGGGAGCAUAGUGGAGAUGUAGUUAGUUUGUGUGUCAGUAGGAAAUAGAACUUUUUUUUUUCUGGAAGCACUGAUGCUCAGAUUGUGGUUUGGUAUCUAUGGAAGGCGGUAGGCAGGUUUAACGAGCAUAAAGGAAGAAUUAAUUGUUUGGUGUUGAACAAAAGUGAAGAAGGCAUGAUUUCAAGCAGUGAUGACGGAUCCAUACGAGUUUGGAAUUAUAUCAGAUCAGAAUGGAGAUGUGGGCAAGUGAUGAGAAAUCACAAGGGUCCAGUGUAUUAGAUUUCAUUGAAUGAUUAGAACACUCUGCUGGUAUCGACCAGUCGGGAUAAUACGGUGAUCGUUUGGGAGAUUAAGGAGAACUAGUAAUGGUAUCAAAAGUACUAGCUUGGUUAAAGUGUUUAUGGCAAGAAGGUGUGCUUUGUAUACAAUUGCAAAUUUGUUUGGGUGCCUCACAACGCGAAUUCAAUUCAAGUAUUUGAGAUUGGUCAAAAGCAGUUAAAUAAGUUAACAGAAAUGAAUUUGGAGGACAAUGGAUCUGAUGGGCAAUUUAGUCCAUUGAUUUACAAUAAAACAAGAAACAUCUUGGUUUAGAAACAGCUAAAUAAAGUUACAAUGAUUUAUAAGCCCACUAGUUCAUUGAAUGUGUUGUAAUCGAUUGAUUUGAAGGAUGAUCAUUUUUCGAUUGAAAUGACAGACGAGGGCAAUUACUUGAUUUAAGGAGGAAUCAACAAAUUCAUAAUCUAUCAAUUGAAUGAAUAGUGA